AGGCUGGGAGGGGCAGGGCUGUCUACCCCACUGCCUGAUUCUUUAUCUCGCACCACCAAUGGGUUUACCGAGGGGAGAAAGUUUGUGGCCGGGACCGCAAUCUUGGCUUGCAUUUUUUUUUCAAAUAUAUACAUUUUUUUCCAGUCAGGCACUGCUGAGGUCAAGCGGCAAGGGCGGGGCCGUAAAGCGCCGCGCGUCUGGCGCGACAGCCGGAAGGACCUGGGGGUCGGCACUGCGGGUGGAGAUGGCGGCGAGGGAAGUCAAGUCCGUGCUCUUCGUGUGCCUAGGGAACAUUUGCCGAUCACCCAUAGCUGAAGCUGUUUUUAGAAAACUUGUAACAGAUGAAAAUGUUGAAAAUAAGUGGAUGACAGACAGUGCUGCUGUUUCUGACUGGAACGUGGGGUGCUGCCCAGAUGCAAGGGCUUUAAGCUGUCUGAGAAAUCAUGGCAUUGAGACAGCCCAUAAAGCACGGCAGGUUACUAAAGAUGAUUUCCUAACAUUCGAUUAUAUACUUUGCAUGGAUGAAAGCAAUCUAAGAGAUUUGAAAAGAAAAAGUAAUCAAGUUAAAAACUGUAAAGCUAAAAUUGAAUUACUUGGAAGCUAUGAUCCACAGAAACAGCUUAUAAUUGAAGAUCCAUAUUAUGGGAAUGAAAAGGACUUCGAGGCUGUUUAUGAGCAGUGUGUUAGAUGCUGUAAAGCAUUUUUGGAGAAGCCUCAUUAAUGCUCACCAAAGAAAAUGAUACUUAGAUCUUUCUUUUUAAAGAAUUAUGUAAGCUUCACUUGAAUUAAUGUAUUUAAAAUGGUGAUAUUGUGCCUCUGCAGUAGUUCCAAAUUGCAGCUUCCUUAUUUUAGUUUGUAUUGUAAUGUGAAUUAAUUUAGAAAAAACUUAUAAAACUUUAAAAAUGGAAUUGAAGGAUCAGCCUUUUUAUUAGACUUUGGUGUAGUUUAAGUCAUUUGCAGACAACAGAAUAAAUAUCUAUGAAUUUAUUGUC